AUGGCGAUGAAAUACACAGAAAUUGGCCAAAGCGGCCCCACAAAGCCUGGCACCAGUGGAAAAACACAUGCCAAUAUCCCAGAGUCACAACACCCUCCACGGCAUAUCAAGAUGGCCGACUUGGAAUCCGCCCAUGAGAAGCCGGCCAUGUCGGAAGACGGCCACCAUGACCAACAAUCUAGCGAGCCUGACCAAACAGCAAUUGAACAAGAGACAAAGGACAAUGUCGUCGACUGGGAGGGGCCAGAAGAUCCCCACAAUCCGCGGAACUGGCCAGCAUGGAAACGCAUGACCCAGGUCGUCCUCGCCACCAGUUUCUUGCUCACCGCCAAUCUCGCGGCGACAAUGUUUGCACCUGGAGCUGCCGCGCUUGCUAAGGAGUUCCAUAUCACGAGUUCCACCAUUACCAGUCUCACCGUGUCCAUUUACCUUGCCGGCUUCGCCGUUGGGCCAAUGGUCAUUGCACCACUAUCCGAACUGUACGGACGCCUUGUGAUCUACCACACCUGCAAUGUCAUUUAUAUUGGCUUCAUCAUCGGAUGUGCACUGGGCAAAAACACCGGCAUGUUUCUCGUUUUUCGAUUCCUUGCCGGAUGUGCUGCUUCUGGCCCAUUAACAGUUGGCGGAGGAACCGUCGCUGACGUCGUCCCGCCAGCUCAGCGUGGGAGGGUAAUGUCUCUGUUCUUCUUGGGACCGCUUCUGGGACCAGUCUUGGGCCCAAUUAUUGGUGGCUUUGUGUCCGAAUCAAUUGGCUGGCGAUGGACUUUUUGGAUCAUCACAAUCCUAGCAGGAAUAUCAUUCACCAUAUCAAUCUUCCUCCUCCGCGAGACCAAUGCCGCUGUGCUGCUAGCAUGGAAAGCUGCCCGCCUCCGGAAAGAAACUGGCAAUCCUGCUCUGGUUUCGAAAAUGGAUCGAGGCCUGACACCCCGCCAGCUAUUCCUCCGCGCUAUUACCCGACCAACAAAGCUUCUCAUCCUGUCGCCAAUCGUACUCCUCCUUUCCCUACUGUGCGCAUUCGUUUUCGGCCUCCUCUUUAUGCUAUUCACCACGUUUCCCACGGUCUUUGAGCAACAAUACCACUUCUCUGCCAGUGUUUCUGGCUUGUCAUAUCUCGGCGUUGGAAUUGGAAUGGCCGUCUCUCUCGGGGUUUUUGCCACCUUGACUGACAAGCUGCAAAAGGCACUUGGAGACUCGCCUAAACCUGAAGGACGCCUGAAGCCCAUGAUGUGGGUCAUGCCCGCCGUGCCCAUCGGCAUCUUCUGGUAUGGCUGGGCAGCCGAGAAGCAGACUCAUUGGAUUGUGCCCAUUCUUGGCACCUCGUUCUUUGGAUUCGGCAUUCUCUGGGUCAUAAUGCCAACUCAGCUCUACAUGGUGGAUGUUUUUGGCCCUGAGGCUGCCGCUUCUGCGUUGGCUGCGAACACGAUUCUCCGACUCCUUUUUGCAGCUUUCAUUCCAUUGGCGGGGCCAUCUUUGUAUGCAGACCUCGGACUUGGGUGGGGAAAUAGCGUACUAGGUUUUAUAGGCGUGGCUUUUCUUCCAGUGCCACUCUUUUUCUAUCGUUACGGAGGGUGGCUUAGGGAGCGUUUUGCUGUGAGACUAUAA